UUACCAAUAAUAUAUAUUAAAUUUAAUCAACAUUUUAAUGGAGUUGCUGAAAUACUUUGUCAUUCUACUAUAAAAUAAUACAAAUUUAUUAAAAAAUGUCAAGUUUUAUUUAGCCAUAUAGGUAGUGGACACUCGUCUCAUGCCUGAGAUACGUGUAUGAAAUAUUGUGAUGCAGCAGACUACUGCAUAAGAAUUUAAAAUUGGUGUAAAUACUUUUAUACAAGUAUUAGAAUAAGGAAGAAAGUACCUAACAUAUAAAUGCAGCCUGCAUUUUAUUAUAAAUAUCAUAUUGUAUGCGUACACUUUAUAGGGUCACGAACUUAUACGUGGGUGGAAGGAAGGGUGUAUAUUGGGGCGGUGUAUGGGCGUGGUAUCGCGACUACUCGUCCUUUAACUGGCACGCCUCGGUAUAUUGGAUACUUGCAAGUUGAUUCGGCAGUCUCUGCAGCAGCGUUCCGGUAUCCGCUUGUGUUUGUCCGCGUCUCCGUGCAUUGUGCAGUCUACACACUUAGAUAUAUACCUACCAAUUAUAAUAUUAAAAUAACGAUUUAAAUAAACCGUCUACACGCUCACUACACCCAACGAUGGACCAUCAUCAACAUCAUUAUCAAUUGAAUCACCAUGGUACGGCGCACCAUUAUCACCCACCACCAUACACAAGAGACUAUUUCUUGUAUGAAUACUCUUCUGGUUCCGAGUCUGAUGGCACGAGCUCGCUGAACAGUGACUGCGAUUCCAGCAAUUGUGUUGGUUCAGGUCGUAAGAAAAGUUCAAGGUGUCACAGACAAAAGACGCAGCAGCGCCAAGCAGCGAACCUGCGUGAAAGGCGGCGCAUGCAGAGCAUCAACGAAGCAUUCGAAGGGCUUCGGGCGCACAUACCCACAUUGCCGUAUGAGAAGCGCUUGUCCAAAGUGGACACCUUGAAGUUGGCCAUCGGUUACAUAAACUUCCUGUCCGAAUUGACCCGCGGCACAGGACCGACAGGAAAUGGCGUCACAUCUUUGAACGUGGCUAAACUUACGACGAUCGCCGGUCGCCUACAUAGACCACCGGUGCAAGUCAAAGAACAACCUGUCAAGAAGUUUAUUGUCAGAGGUGCGUUUGGGACUCCAUAUUCAUUACAUUCGUUGUCUUGGUCGAGGGCAAAAGAAAAUUGUCCAAAUAGUGCAGGAGUAAUGCGAGCAAAAUUAUGGAGGCCUGAAGUAGGGUCACCGCGUAAUUCUGGAUCUACUUCAACCUCGACGAGUUCGACAUCUUCAAGUAAAACCUAAUAACUCGACACUCGACAUAAUAUAUAAGACGACUACUAAUUAUAAUGUAUAGAUUAUAAUUUAUAAGUUAUUUACAUACUUUAUGUCUAUAUUCAGUUGUUUUUACUCCUAUUUAAACAUUUUUACUCUAAUAUUAACUGUAUUAUUUUUUGUAUAGGCAUUAGGUACCUAUACC